AUGGGCGUCGCCGGUCUAUGGGAUCUCAUACGGCCAGCGGGCCAAGUCAAAGCUUGGUCGGCCAUGACAUUCGAGGCUUUCGAGAGUACUGACCUCAGAGCUCUCACGCUCGGCAUCGACGCAUCAAUCUGGGCCUUCCAUGCCAAUUUCAGCCAGGGCAGGACACACCCAGAGCUACGCAUGCAUUUCUUUCGACUGGCCAGAUUACUACGCUCCGGCGCAAAGUGCUUGUUCGUCUUUGAUGGUCCUCACAAGCCGACAUGGAAGCGAGGUCAACGAGUGGGUACACAAUCAACAAACACUCUCGUCGCUCGAGCUUUGCAAGCGAUGAUCGUCGCGUUUGGUUUCGAAUGGAUCGUCGCGCCCGGCGAAGCAGAAGCGGAGCUCGCAUACCUUAAUAGCUCGGGCACCAUCGACGCCAUCAUGACCGAUGAUGUCGAUGCAUUCGUCUUUGGUGCUCAUCUGAUCUGGCGCAAUUGGGGUACCAAUCUGUCUGGCAAGGAUGCAAAGGGAAAGCAAAUCAGGACGAAUCAUUCAUCAGUCACCCCAGACGCUGAGGACGACGAACCUACAAAAGUCACAAGAAACGACGACCACCAUGUGACAGUCUAUUCGGCCGAGCGUGUCCUUCUCAAGGCCGGUCUGGAUCGUGAUGACAUGAUUCUGAUCGCGUUGCUCUGUGGCGGCGAUUAUGACACGGCAGGCCUGCUGAAAUGUGGUCCCACCGUGGCUGCUGGCCUCACGCGAUGCGGUUACGGAAAAGAACUCAUGUGCAUCAUCAAGGACAGCAAGACUGCCGAGCUCAGUGAAGGUAUGAAGCACUGGCGUGAAAGAUUGCAAACGGAGCUACGAACAAAUGCAUCUGGUGAGCUGGGACGACGCUACAAAGUGCUGGCAGAUAGCAUCACGCCAACGUUUCCUCGCAUGGACGUCUUGAUGCAUUACGUUCGACCAGCAACGACGGCAUGCAGCGAAUUCGCCAGCUUCAGACGCGACAUUACAUGGACUCGUGCGCCAGACAUUGAAGCUAUCGUCCGGCUGUGCGUUGCAAAGGAGAGCCAGCAAGGCUUCGAAUGGACACAUCACGAACUCCUCAAGUACCUCUCUGGCAAUGUCUACCCUGGCCUGAUCAUGCACGAAUUACGCUUAUCUGCGCUGGAGCUGCCAACGCUCGCUGCCUGUUCCUCAGCAAGUGCCACAACGCCUUUGACGCCUUCCCGCAAGCUGGCCCGACAACUCGACACGCUCGGGCUGGCCACGCCGAAGAAAGCAAAGCCCGUCUCUUGGCUGCUUUCAAAGACGUGUCGCAAAAUCGUCAGAACGCGCAAGCAUCACUCGACAGACGACACCUUGGAGUAUCGCGUCGAAAUAGACCCAUCUUACUUUGUGGAGCAAGUAAAGGCCAACUUGACGACACCCGACCCUAACUUGGACGCGUAUCGCUUGCGUAAAGCCAAGCUAGCCGAAAAGAACGAAGCCGCAAGAGCUUAUGAGCAGGCUAUGGCAGGCGCAGAAGCUUCACCCAGCAAGACACGUAAAGCGACUGGCGAAGAUUUCGAUGCGGAUGCAAUCUGCCUCGUCUGGCUCCCUCAAAUGGCUCUCAGGCUUGGCUACCCUGCUUUGGUAGAAGCCUACGAAGAGGCGCAGGCAACGAAGGCUCAGCGAUCACCGAGCAAGAAGGACAAACAGACAAAGAAGAAAGAGACUAUGAAGCAAACAACACUGCCUGGCUCUAUCUUUGCUCCCAAGCUUGACAGGACAUCGAGCUCAGAGUCGUCUUCGUCGAAUGUACGGCCUAGUGCAAAGCCUACCGCAUCGAAUGUACUAGCCGAACAAGAUACCGAUUCGGACAUCGAAAUCAUCGGUGCGCCUGUGCGGAAAUCGCCGAUCAAAGUCCGACAGAGAUCGCUCACUCUAGAUAGCAUGCGUGUGGCGCCCGGCUCACCUUCAAAGUCACCGCGCAAAAGUAGUAAACAGACUUCACCGCACAAAGCUGCCUCAGUAGCAGUUGUAAGCGACUCUGACGAAAGUCUUCCGGAUCUACCAGUCUUCAAGUUCGCACCGCAGUCGAAAACAGCGGCCAAGCCUCCUAUCAGUGCCAGUACACUGGCUCAAGCGAGAACACGCAAAACGAGCGGUACUCGCAAGGAAAUCGCAAAAGCAGGACAUGUCAUAGAAUUGUCAUCAGAUUGA